AUGGCUUCAAAGUUCCUCCGAGAAUACAAGUUGGUGGUCGUCGGUGGUGGUGGUGUCGGAAAGUCGUGCUUGACGAUUCAAUUGAUCCAGAGCCACUUCGUCGACGAAUAUGACCCAACGAUCGAAGAUUCCUACCGCAAGCAGUGCGUUGUCGACGAUGAAGUCGCCUUGCUCGACGUCUUGGAUACCGCUGGACAGGAGGAAUACUCGGCGAUGCGUGAACAGUACAUGCGGACUGGCGAAGGCUUCCUGCUCAUCUACUCGAUCACUUCGCGACAAUCCUUCGAAGAAAUCAUGACCUUCCAGCAGCAGAUUCUCCGAGUGAAGGACAAGGAUUAUUUCCCCAUCAUCGUUGUCGCUAACAAGUGUGAUUUGGAGAAGGAACGUGCCGUGACGGAGCAAGAGGGUGAAGCACUGGCCCGCCAGUUCGGCUGCAAGUUCAUCGAAACCUCCGCCAAGUCUCGCAUCAACGUCGAAAACGCCUUCUAUGAGCUCGUCCGGGAGAUCCGCCGCUACAACAAGGAAAUGUCGUCGUACCCGUCCGGGUCCGGCGCGUACGGAUCCCGCGCACCGGAGGGCAAGAUGGACAUGAGCGAGCCCGGCGACCACGCGGGCUGCUGCGGAAAGUGCAUCGUGAUGUAA